GAUCGCCACAAAAUGUGCUUAAAGCGUCGGUCCCACGUUGUGAGAACUCGAAUUCUGCACGGGCAUAUUUGAUAACUAUGGCAGCGCUCGUUCGUCUUAAACGCGGGAGCGUCCAGUUGAGACAUGCGGCGCUAGAAAUGAAAGCUGCUGUCCGAGCGCGACACAUAGUAGCUGCGCUUGUUGCAGUGGGAUUUGCACUUUGUGGUGCAGUUGAAGUCAGCUCCUCGGUUGCAUUGCUUGCCAAUCAGAAAGACAAUCAUGCCAUCAUCGACACGUCGUGGCACUGCGACAUGCUGGUCAACAUCAGUAGUCGCAAUCGGACCGAAGAUUUCGAAGUCAUACUUUUGGAGCUGCCGCCGGAAGAGCGUACAGAAUCGAUAAUGAGAGAGGCAUUUUUGUGGGGACAAGUGGCUGGACCAAUCUUAGGAGGAUGUUUGGUAUGGGGAAGGUCUGGUCCAUCUAUGGUGUUUUCACGAGCGGUUCUCAGUGCUUGCUUGGCUUCCUUGCUGGUACCAGCUGCAUGGAGAGGUCCGUCUCACGUUGCACUUCGUCUGUUUCAGGGCCUAUGUACAGGCGCGACCAUGCCUGCUGCUCACAUGUUUGCUAUGACCUGGUUUAAGAGCAAUCAUAGAAGCUGGUACUUCAGUUGCUACGCUGCUGUCAGCGUUGGAUACUGUCUCACAGGGUGGUUGGGUACAGCUGUCGUUCGAAGCUUCGGUCGGGAUUCUCUUUGCUAUGGUCUCGUUAUUAUUGCGCUAUGUUGGUACUUCGCUUUCGGCCGAUUCGUCAAAGACACUCCGAAAUCUUAUCAGCACGAUACGAACGCAGCCGUGAUUCCAUGGGGAAAAUUGCUGCGUUCGGUUCCUGUAUGGGCAUCGGCCGUUGCAACCAUGGGCAAUCAAUGGGGCGAUGCAACUCUUGCACUUGGUAUGACGAAAUACCUGAAACUCAUCUACGGAUUCUCUACAGCCAAUGAUUCGGUGUUAACGACGUUGCCUCACAUUGGUCAUUUCAUGGCUGCGUUAACUUGCGGCCUCCUCGUGGAUCACGUUCGCGAAUCUAAAAUAGUUUCAACGACCACAGCGAGAAAGUUGGUCGUUUAUACUGCUCAUUUCAUACCGGCAGCCCUACUUUUCGUUGCCGGCUACGCCGGUUGCCAAGCAUUGGGCGCAGCAUGGUUAGGUAUAGCCGCUCUACUCGUCUCUGGGACUGCACCUGCCGGCGCAUUAGCUGCAAUAGCCGAUCUUGCACCCGUAGAAUCUCCUGCCUGCGCUGCAGCGGCGUGUGCUUUGUGCUCUACUCUAGGGGCAGCGGGCUUGUUGGCUGCCAAUUACUUCGUUACUCAAGCUCUUCACGGAUCUAUCGCGGGUUCAUGGCGGUUGGUUUUCGGUGUCGCAUCCGUCGUUUUAUUAACGACCGCAGCUGUUUUCUUAGCGCUUGGAAAAGGUACCCCACAGCCGUGGAUUCCAUCCGUAGCUCGGCCACGAAGUCACGACGCAAUUUACGAGCAGGACGCCCUGGAACUCGAUUACGAGGACGUCGGCGUGCAAACAGAGCCUUUCAGUCCUUACCCGCUAGAAGACGACGUCGAGAGUGUGAAAAAUGUUCCCCGUUCUGCCUCGGUCCAUUCGAAAGUUUCGCUAGCGUCCAAUUAAACUCGCGUUAAUCGCUAACCAUUUGUAUAUCAACAAAACAAACUGAUAAAAUGCGUACAUAUGCUCGUCGUCGCGAUAACAAGAAUUGAAAAUUGUAUAUAGAAUAAAUCGUGGACGAGAUCGUAUAUUAUAUAAGUAAGCUUGGACUUAUUCGCAGAUAUGUGCGCUUCCUGG